CUCAGGGAGUCAGAGGGACCCACAGCCCACUGCGCUCUGUAGAUGCUCAGCAGAUGUAAAAGUUUACAUUCUCUCACUUUUUCUUUUUGUUUUGUUUGUUUGUUUCUUUGGUUUUGUAAUAUGACAUUUUAAUCUGCAAUUUUUUUCAAUUUGUUUUUGAGCGAGCUGAGAAGGUGUGUUUUUAACUUUCCUCAGGCCCUCAACUGCUGCGUUCAAGUUUUAAUCUCACAGCUGCUGGUUCAGGACUCUACAGUGUGUUGUAGUCUUGAGUGUGAUCCAGAGGGUCAGAACGAGAGCCCUGACCGGGGCGGGGAGGAGCCUUCAGAGUUCCUCUCGUCUGUGUCACGAUGGGGAUCAAAGCUGCUCUUCCCAAAUAUGAGGUCUACUUCUACAACACCGUGCUGUGUCUGGCCAUGCUGUGGGCUGCCAGCUGGAUCUUUGAGGUGUCCAGCUCCAAUGCUAACAGAAAGACAUUCAAAACCGGUGUGAAGCCAGGAUGGUACUACUUUGGGAGGAAAAUGGAUACGGCUGAUUUUGAGUGGAUGAUGUGGUUUUCCACCUUCAGAGAUCACAUCCUGUUUGCUCUCUCUGGUCAUGUGCUGUUCGCUAAGAUCUGCUCCAUGCUGGCUCCACAGUACAGGUCUUUGGUGUACCUGGUUUACGGACUGUUGGCCGUGUGGACCAGUAUGGGCUGGACCUACGUCACCCUCAUCCUGUCCCACUGUAUCCUGCUCUACAGCAUCUCCUUGGUGAAAAUCCGCUGGCUUUGUUUUGUCACAGGCCUCUGCACCCUUGCUACAUUCAAGUGUGAACCCUUUGUGUCGUGGCAGGAGGGUUUUGUGAAGGGGGACUUUGAGCUGCGUCAUGUCCUCUUUUAUGGAGGUUGUGGGUUUACUAUAAUGCGCUGUAUGAGCUUUGCCCUGGAGAACUGCGAGAGGAAAGAUGGCAACUACAACAUCCUGGAGCUGCUCAAGUACAACUUCUACCUCCCCUUCUUCUACUUUGGGCCUAUCAUGACAUUCGAUAAGUUUUAUGUUCAAGCCAACAAAUCAGACUUGACCAGGAAAGAGUGGGAGCUGUGGAAUAUCAGCCUGCAGGGCCUGACCCACCUGGGAGUCAUCAUUGUAGUGGAUGUCAUCUUCCAUUUCAUGUACAUCCUCACCAUCCCCACCGACAUGAAGCUGCUGAAGCACCUCUCAGACUGGGCCUUAGUGGGCCUGGCUUACUUUAAUCUGGUGUAUGACUGGGUGAAAGCAGCUGUCAUGUUUGGAGUCAUCAACAUAGUGUCCAGACUGGAUCAUCUGGACCCUCCCAAACCACCAAAAUGCAUCACUAUGCUCUAUGUGUUUGCUGAAACCCAUUUUGACAGAGGGAUCAACGAUUGGCUGUGCAAGUAUGUGUACGAUUACCUGGGAGGAAAACAUGAGAAUGUGGUUGAGGAGCUGGUGGCAACACUGUGCACCUUCGGCGUCACCAUCCUUUGGCUGGGACCCUGCGAGGUGGUGCUGUUCUGGGCUUUCUUUAACUGUUUCGGCCUCAACUUUGAGCUGUGGACCGCCAAGUUCUUCUCCAUGGAGCCUUUUGUUUCUUUUGAGAUGGCAAUGUCAGAGGCAACAUCCCGUCGGAUCAGAGCCAUCUUCAACACUUUCAACUUCUGGAGUAUUGUGUUGUACAACAUCCUGGCCCUGAACAGUUUGGACUUUGCCAAAUUGGUUGCUAAACGGCUGCUUCUCAAAGGCUUCCCUAUAACCACCAUCAUUGUCAUGUUUGUCACCUACUGCUUGAUCCAAGUGAUUAAGGAGCGAGAGAGGAGGCAGGCUCUUAUCGAUGAUCCUGAUCCUCUUCCUCCUGUUCCUCCUCCUACCGCCACCACCAGCCAACCAGCUGGCACUGCAGCUGCACCAGCACCCACACCUGUACCCACAGCUCAGCCAGUCGCAGAUCCCAGCAAGGAAAAGGCAGAGUAGAUACUUGAUGCUAAAGUGAAGGACAUAUAUGCCCAGCAGUGAUAUCAUCAAUACAGAUUUUAUAACAUGAAUUCUGAAUAGAUGUCUGGUUUCUGCUGAUGUAGAAAACACCAUCAACUGUAAAUAAGUUCACCACCAUUUAACUGUGUUUAUACCUAAAUGGAAGAAAAGCUUAAUGAAAAAGAUUUAAUCAAAUUAUAUAAUAUACAUAUGCAUACUGUUCAGUAGCCACUAAAAUAAAUAACAUUUUAAAAAAUGUGUUUGUGAAACCUUUGUCAUCAAUGCAGAAAAUAAACUGCAAAGAUUUGUC